AUGUUUGAUCUGAGUCUGAUUUGGCGACUUUUCUCGGCUCCGGAAUCUCUGUGGGUUGCUUGGGUGAAGCGUACUCUGCUGCGAAAUGAAAGUUUUUGGAUAGCCCCUAACAACACUCAGGGCUCUCGGAUCUGGAGGAAGCUUCUCAAACUACGGAUCUUUACUAGUCCGUUUAUUCAGGGGAUUGUUCGGAACGGUCAAACAAUUUCUUUUUGGCAUGAAAACUGGCUCUCCCUGGGGAAAUUGAUCGAUAUCAUAGGAGACGCAGGUCCACGGCUUCUGGUGAUCCCUCUCAACGCCACUGUGUCUGACGCCUCAACUCCAACAGGAUGGAGGAUUCGUCGAACCAGGAUGCGGCACCUGGAUACUGUACUGGAACAUAUUCGCGCUCAUCCGAUCCCAAAUGCAGCAAAUGGACCUGAUUUUUAUCUUUGGCGUAUUGAGGCAGGGUCAUAUAAAGAUCGAAUCUCGUCGCCUCAUACAUGGAAUCAGCUUCGUAUUCAUCACCCGCCGGUCCAAUGGUGGAGAUUACUCUGGUUUAAUCAUGGGAUCCCAAGAUGCAGGUUUAUCACCUGGUUGGCUAUUAGAAACCGGCUUUCUACGGGUGUUCGAAUGAGAAGAUGGGGAGCAGAUCAAGCUUGUGUCUUAUGUGGCGAAAGAGAUGAGUCCAGGGAUCACUUGUUCUUUGCCUGUCCAUACUCUUUCACGGUAUGGUCAGACCUUGCGGGGAGGCUCCUUCGAAACCGUCAGACCCCAGAUUGGACAGAUACAGUUAACUCCAUUCAAACGUUUCAGGGAGACAGACUGGAUACUAUAUUGAUAAGGCUGGUAUUUCAGGUGACGGUGUAUUAUUUGUGGAGGGAACAGAACUCUCGUAUCCACCGGAGCGGUUUCUAUUCAGCUUCCCAACUUGUUCGUCUCAUUGAUAAAGUGGUUCGUAACAGGAUCACUUCUCUGCAAUACCACACAGAUCCCAAGCUCCACCUACUGAUGCAAAGAUGGUUCACGGUGGCUCCUCCCUGA